AUAAACAGUGGAGAGAAUCUACCUGAAUCGAUUUGCCAAACGUGUGUGGUGAAUUUGGAGACUGCCUUCAAAUUUCGUACGCUGUGUGAAAAUUCAGAUAAUAUUUUGCAGAGUUAUAAAUUAGACGAGAAGUCUUCAACAAAUGAGAACAUAUUGGUUUCGGAGCGAGACGGCAGAUUAUUCCAAUACAACCUCCCGCAAGACCUCAAAGUGGAAAAGGUGAAAGUAAAAAAAUCGCCCUCGAAAUCCAAACAAAAACCACCACCACCAGCACCAGCACCAUUAGCUCCACCUGCACCACCUGCACCACCAGCACCCAGCAGCAUCCCUGCAGACCCCGUAUAUCUAACAAUACAAAAACAAGAAAUGCACGACAUUGUCGAAGAAGAAAUUGAAGACCCCGAAGAACCAGAAGACGAUGAAGAAGAUGAUUCACAUUUAGUCCAGGUUAAAAUCGAACAGAAUUCUGAUUACGAAGUCUACGCAGAGCUGGACGAGGACAAUAGUUACAACGAUGCAUCUAUGAAUGAAUUGGAACUGGCGAGAGAGAUAAGACUGGCCAAUGCUGAGUUGAUAGAGUUGGAUCCGAAUCAGAUUCUGGACACAUCGGGGAUGACUGAUCUGUCUGUUUUGGAUAUCAAGACUGAGCACGAGGAUUAUGUUAUUAUUAAAGAGGUUAAUGAUCAGGGACUUGUUAUCGAGGAGCCUGAGAAGGUUAAACAGAUCAUGGGAAAGAGGAAAAGGAACGAGAAGAUUCAGAGACCGCACAUGUGUGAAAUCUGUGGAAAAACAUAUCGAUAUAAUUUUAAUCUUGAGGCGCACAUGAGGAGGCACACGGGAGAAAAGCCUUUCGCAUGCAAUAUUUGUGGUAGAGGGUUUGUAAUAUCAUUCGAGCUAAGGAGACAUAUGAGAUGUCACACAGGACAGAAGCCAUACAAAUGCAAAUAUUGCGAUAGGAAAUUUUCAGACUUUGGAAGCAGGAUAAAACAUCAAAGGUCCCACACGGGAGAACGUCCGUAUGCCUGUGAUGUCUGCGGUAAAACUUUUGCAUAUUCGCACGUAUUAAGUAGUCACAAAUUGAUACAUUCGGGUAUAAAAGCGUACAAGUGUGAUGCCUGCGACAAAAGAUUCACAAAGUCGCAUCAUCUCAAAGCACAUCUGAACGUACAUUUAAGAAACGGAAUCAAAGCUGUCAAGCCCAAGAUGGAGCCCCCAGACGAUAUACUACCCGAGGAAUUAUUAUUAGCAUAGUCAUUUUUGUUUUCGAAAAAACAACAAGGUUAGUCCUAUUUAUUAUAAGUAAUAACAAUGAAGCCUUUUUUUAAAUUAAUUAAAUAAUUGUAGAUGUAAGAUGAUACUUGUAUAUAUAUUUUAUUUAAUUUAAGUGAAAUAGAUUG